AUGGCAAAUGGUCCCGACAGGAUAAGAUCAGGACAUCUGAAGGAUCUUCCGCCAGUUCUCAUCAACACUCUCGAGAAGCUUGCUACACGUUACCUGUCGGAAUACAAGAUCUCUAAACAGACCAGCAAGACCGUGUUGCUGUUAGAAAGGGGAGAUUCACAUGCUCUUUACGAGAGUGACCAGGAUGCCACAAUUUCUCGCUUUUAUCGACCUAAAGAAAGUCCUCUACUCGGAAGCGGUCACGAAAGUCAUAGACAACUCUCCUUACUCAAAUAUCAUUAUCAACGUGAAGAGGAGAUCGGACAGGGUGUUACAAUCUCACCUCAAAUAAUCACCGCCACUUUCAAAAACGCAAUGAGAAAGCUGGAAAGAGACGACAUGGAAAUGAAGGUUGAUGUAUCAAGUAAGCAGAACGGAUGGACGGGUAUCGGAGAUACCGCUUUGCUCAACGGAACGAACAUAUCCGAAUGCAUCACCUACGUUCCACCAAUGCACUUCCUACUUUCGUCUAUGUUUAAAAAAAAACUGGGCACUUCGUGA